GUGGGAAAAAUUAGACAUCUUGGGAAUUUUAGGUUAGAAUAUUUAUUAUUAUUUAUAAAUUUAGUCGGCACGUGUUAUUUAAUGCCUCUAUAAUUAAGAAAUUUACCUAAAUAUUAAAAGAAUGGCUGUAGAUAAAGGCCAGACCCAUAGACCUGGUCCGUUCAAGCAAUCCAACAAGGAACAUAAGCAUGGAAGACAUCGAUCGAAAGGAUCAAUCAGUUUAUCGAAUAAAGGGAAGGUGUCUGUUAAGACUUUGUCCAAGAAACACAAACACGAACUCGAGAGAGCCCAGAGACGCAAUCAGUCUCAGCAGAUUCGUAAAAAUAAACGAGACGAGGUUCUAGCCAAGAAACGAUCGCUGGGAGGCCUAGAUUUUGCCCCGAUUUUUGCCUGUCUUGUACCCCUAAAUAAGGGUUUUGAUCCUACCACUGCUUUGUCCAUUUUAACUCAAUGUGAUGAGGAAGGAAUCGUUAGUAAAACAUCAACUGGUGUAACUCAUUUAUGCAUACCCAGAUUCAAGAAGAGGUUCUCAUUUGUUGUACCAUCCGGAGAUAAUGAUUUUGAUGUUCUUGAUACGUUAAAAGUUGCAGAUACUGUUAUAUUUCUGUUAUCUUCGGUAUUUAGUGUUGAGGAUAAUGAAGAUAUAAUAGAUAAAUGGGGAAAUAAUAUUAUUACGACUGCUCUAGCACAAGGUUUACCAACUCCACUCGUUGUAUUGACAGAUUUAGAGAGUGUAACCCCUAAAAAACGUAAUGAAUAUAAACAAGCCAUACAAAAAAUUGUGUCUAAGUAUCUUCCAGAAGAGAAAUUAAUGACUUUAGAUAAAUACAGUGAAGGAAUCAAUAUUUUGAGGAAAAUAGGUGAUCAAAAAAGAAAAUCUGUGUUAUACAGAGAUAGGAGACCGUAUUUAUAUGGUGAAGAAAUUGAAUUUGUUCCUGAAAGUGAAGGUAAGAUAGUCUUUUAUAUGAAUUUUUAUACUAUAAAAAGACUUGUAGGUGCUGUCGGUACUCUAAAAAUCACCGGCUACUUAAAAGGAACCCCAUUAUCCGUGAACCAGCUUGUUCACAUUCCUGGACUAGGUGAUUAUCAGAUGCUUCAAAUCGAUGCUCCAAAUGAUCCAAACAAGUACACUAAAAAUAAAGCUUCUGAUCCAAAUGCCAUGGUUGUCGAAACAACUACAAAAGUAUUAGAAAUAUCUGAUCCAGAGAAACAAGAAUCUUUGGAUUCGGAAAAUGUACCAGAUGCCAUGGAUGCAGAACAAACUAUGCCUACAGAUGAGGACUUUCAAAUGGCAAAUAGAGAUGAGGCGAAAAAAGUUAAAAAAGUGCCCAAAGGUUGGUCGGAUUAUCAGGCAGCCUGGAUACCGGAUGACGACGCGGAGUUUCAGAAUAACGAGUACAGUGGUGAUGAGGAAGAGUCUGAAGAUGAUGAAUUUAUGGAUGCUAGAUCGGAAGAAAAGUCUGAGUAUUCUGAUGCGGAAGAUGAAAAAAAGGAGUUUGAUACAGUUACUGAGUCAGAAAUAGCCGUUAAUGAUGAUAAGUACGACCAAGAAAUGGACAUGAACGCCGAACAAGACGAUUUAAACAAACUAAAAGAAGCCAAAUCAGAUUUAAUGUUUCCUGAUGAAGUGGACACUCCUGUAGAUACACCAGCGAGAAUAAGGUUUCAAAAAUACAGGGGUUUAGAGAGUUUUAGGACUUCACCAUGGGACACAAAGGAAAAUUUGCCCAGCGAUUAUUCCAGAAUUUUCCAGUUCCAGAAUUUCGACAGGACGAAAAAACGAAUUUUAAAAGAGCAAGAAAAUAAAGAUGGCGCUUUGCCUGGAUGGUACGUGACAGUUCACGUCAAAAACGUGUCCGAAUUGAUGUGGUCGUCGUUUCUAAAAACGAAAUCGCCCGUUAUAUUGUUCGGUCUGUUCCCGCACGAGCACAAAAUGUCCGUGCUCAACGCCGUGCUAAAACGAACCCAAGAUUAUGGUUUUCCGAUUAAAUCAAAAGAAAGGGUGAUUUUCCAGUGUGGGUUCAGGAGGUUCAUUACGAACCCUAUCUUCAGUCAGCAUACCAACGGUCAAAAACAUAAGUUUGAACGAUUUUUUCAACCAAAUUCGACGACAGUAGCAACGUUCUAUGCACCAAUUCAGUUUCCGCCAGCACCGAUCUUAUGUUAUAAACAAAUUGGAGAGAAAUACACAUUAGUUGCUACAGGAAAUUUGUUGUCCUGUAAUCCAGACAGGCUUGUAAUAAAAAGGAUAGUUUUAUCAGGUCACCCUUUCAAGAUAUACAAAAAAUCAGCUGUGGUGAGAUUCAUGUUCUUCAAUAGGGACGACAUAACCUAUUUUAAGCCCUGCAAGCUCAGGACGAAAAUGGGAAGGAAAGGACAUAUUAAGGAACCUCUAGGCACACAUGGUCAUAUGAAAUGCGGAUUUGAUGGUCAGUUGAAAUCCCAAGACACCGUCAUGUUAAACCUGUACAAAAGAGUAUUUCCUAAAUGGACAUACGAAGAUUUUUUGGUUAGCUGUGUAAAUAAUGAUACAAUGGAGACAUAAAUAAAUUGUUAACACGUUAA